AGUUGGUGGGAAGCAGUGGAAGGAGGAGGAGCUCCCUCUGUGCUCUCUUCCUCGCAAUUACAGCUUGUUGCAUCUAGACCCAUUCUAAAUAAACCAAGCAGGUUCCCAAGGGACCCAUGCAGACAAGUCAGCUCAGGGGAGGCAUCUGAGGCGAGGUGCAGGCUGCUAGUGGGGUGCAGCCCCAUUGCCAGGGGCUGGCCCUGCCAGCGUACCUUUGCUGGGAAGAGGUGGAAGUGCUGAGCUCUGCAGACUUGGAAGCAAGGGAAGGCCCAAGCUGCUGGAGAGGAGCCGAGCUACCCCAUGGGGAACACGCUGAGCUGUUGUUUGUGCACCAACGCCAGCCCCAAGCGGGGCCAGCGCAGGAGGUCUGGAGAGCUGUCCUGCAGCGCUGACAUCUAUGAGGCAACGUCAAGCAAAGGUGCAGGCCAAGGCAGAGAGGAGCGGAGCCGCCACAGAUGGAACAUGCUGCUCCCUGAUGCCAGCCCCAAGCAAAGACAGCGCAAGGGUGCGGUGGGCAGAACCGCCUUGCAGCUACAACAUCACGGAGGCGAAGGUGGCAGUAGCGCCACACCCCACUGCUGUAGAGCCUGCUCCGUCGGAUUUCGGAGCCCAAAAGGGCCAUGACCUGCAGCAUAUCAGCGACCAGGGGAUGCCCAAAGAUUUUGCUUCUGACCAUCCAAGGGAAAGCACACUCUUCCUGAGAAAAUAUCAAAUGAGUGUGCAAGAAAAGAGGAGGAGCUCUCACCUAUAUUAUAUACCUCCAUGGCAUCUUGACAGAAAAUACAGCUCAUGUUCCACCAUAUUGCUAGAUAACGGCACAGUCAGCCAGCCUGAUCUUAGACACACACUAGAAGGUGUGACUUUGGCAAUAUAUUGCAACAUAAAGCACAGAUAUGCAAAUAGAUCUCUGGCUAUUUUUGACGAGCCAAUACAUCCACUUCCACAAGGAAAGGCUCCAGGGAAAUCCUUCGAGCAUGAUCCCGAAUGCAACUGUAUUUUCAGGUGUACAUCGAACGACUUUUAACUAAUGCUAACAUCGAUCUUUGUCCUACUAAUUGGAAAAAGAUUGUCCUCGGAGCCAUGCUUCUUGCCUCCAAGGUUGGGAGAAAUCGUGGUCUGUGGAGUGUGGAUGACAGCCGGAAUCCCGAGGACAUUGCAGUUGAGAACAUGAGCAAGAUGGAGAAGUGUUUCUUGGAGCUACUUGAGUUUAAUAUUCAUGUAUCUGCCUGUGUCUAUGCAAAAUAUUAUUUCCAUCUGCGUGCCUUGGCAAAUGACCAUGACCUGUAUUUUCUAUUUGGUUUUCUUCACAAAGAUAAAGCACAGAAACUGGAGGCUAGGUCACGGCCGUGUGAAUACAAAGACCUGCAUCGAGAUGCCGCUGCAAUGAAAAGGGCUGUCAGCAUGAACUUCAUUGGUAUUCGGUGCUCUAAUGCCAUCCUAUCUUAAAGAGAGAAAUUGGCCUUAAAAGACCCUGAGCUUCUCAACUGUAAAGACUAGAAAAUAUCACUUCUGCUGAAAGAAACAACAAAAUUAGGAUUUUCUUUUUUUUCUUUGUUUUGUUAUUUGUUUUGUUAUUUGUUUUUGUUGUUGUUGUUGUUAGUGUUUAGGAUUUUCAUUGAGAGGAAGCAUCUUCCAGUUAGCCACAUUGUGGAACUGGGUGAUGGUGGUAUGAACAGUGGGUGCCAGGUGCUUCCUGCCCUUCCUCUUUCACUGGGUCCAGAUGGCAUUCCUAGGGCACCACCUUGAACAACUCUUGGGGAGAAGGAGUGUCACAUGGACACAGCACAUCCCAGCUCAGAGUCCACAGUCACCCACAGUCUGAAGCAGGUGCCAAUAGUGUCCACAGUCUCCCACAGUCCCUAGCAGGUGACAGUAGUCUGAGCUGAGCUAGAGCUCAAAAAACUUUAGAAUUGGCUCCAGAUUUGUGAGAGCACGUGGGUUUGGUUCUCUGUCCACUGAGGCACUGAAUACAUGAUGGCCCAAAACUCAACAAUGACUGGGAGAGAGUGGCAUCGGGGCAAGGCUGUCAUUACUCCAAGCACCAGGGUGGCUCAGUCCUGCUCAUCUAGUCUUUGGAGGGAAUCUGUGCAUGUGAAAUGAGGCCCCUACAUCAUGGUUAUAAAGGAAGAGAUUAAAUCAGCUCAUCUUCCCCCAGGCCAAUAAUGGUCACACCACCUAGGGAAGCAGUAAAAGACCUGGCCUUGGGAUUGUUAGGGGAGCUACGGAAGUGAAAACUGAAUUUACCCAGUUCCGGGAAAACAACAAAGGCGGAACAUCUGGGUUCAAAACAUUAUCAGAAGAUCAUGUUCCCAGCUAAUCUUGCCCUGGUGCAUUGUAUGGUCUCAGCACUUGUCAGCAAAACAAAAGCCUCUCAAUAAUUCUAACACAGGGACACACCACAACUCACAUUUUCCAGUGCACCUCAGUGGUUCAAGAGAUUGCUGGUGCUGCCUGCACCUGUCAGUCUGUUCACAUAUGGAGAGGAGCAGCGGUUCUCACAGGAGCGGCUUCUGCAUCCUGAGGAAGUCUGCCCACACAGUUCUGGUUGUAAUAACUGGCGGCACCCACUGACAUGCAGUCAACAAUGGGACUUCUAUGGUGCACAGGACUGCCCCCCUUCUCAAUCAUGAAAGAAUUUUCUGGCUUCCAAAAUAGAAGGUGCUGAGGAUCAACAACCUCAGAGUCUACAAGGGAAACACUUUCUGAGACUUUCUUUCUUCUUACAAGACCAGAUCCCCACCAAUGUGAGACGUUAGAUCAAGUUUUGUGCAAGGGUGGAUGUGAGGGGCAGAAUCCUAAGAGGCCCUUAUGAUCUCUGCUGUCUUUUGUUACACCCUGAAUCUUUCCUUGGGUACGGCCAGACCUGUGCCUUGUUCUAGACAUUUGAAUAUGGCAAAGUGAGGGAGUGGCUUUCUAGGAGUUACCUUUCCUUUCCUUUUAUCGGGAACAAUAGGAAUCCCUAUUUUCUUUCUUGCUUUUAUUUUCACAGUGCAGUGGUUUGGAAUAUCCCACUGUUGAUUUGUGAUUUCCUCCUCCAACCAUAAUCUAUGGCCCUUUAUAUGUAAUUGAAUAUUUUCAUGUAUUGAUAUUUUGUGUCUGAAGAUAAAAUAUUAGACUAAACAUGUUAAAACAUUUCAUGCGAAACUUCAGUGGUUGUAGAGUCUACUCUUUGGUGAAUACACAAAUUUAUCUAUUUUAUAUAUUAAAAAUUGUAUUAGUUGUGAUAAUGAUAUUUUCUUUUUUAUCUUCACUUGUUAGAUAUAGUUACUUAAAUUUUUCCAAAAUUAAUGAUAUUGUAUCUUAUAUUUGAUUUAAAAUACUGCUAGGAUAUUUGGAUUGAUAGUUGAAAAUAAAUGGCAAAAUAAGAAUUGCUGAAACCUAGUGAUAAUGUACUUAGGAUGGGUUUAUUAUCUAUUAUCCCUAUCAUUGUUAAAUGUUUAAAUUUCCAUGAAAACCUCUACAUAAGAACUUACAAUUUUGUGUAAAAUCCUUCGUGCCCUGCACUUUAGCUCCGCUGCAUAAUUAAUAAAAGGAAAAUGGAUUCUCCUGCGGG